CCCUCCCUCCCAUUGCCCCAGACUGCAUCGCUGCUAGGAUUAUCUUACACCGAACUGAUCAAGUACUUCGAAAAUGACUUCAAAAUGUCUCUUGGUGCCCUUCGUACUUGCUGCACUAACUCUUUCAACUGCGUUUUCUCUCCAACCAGACCAGCAGCAAAAGGUUCUACUAGUUUCAUUUGAUGGAUUCCGUUGGGAUUACUUAUAUAAAGUUCCAACACCCCAUUUUCAUUAUGUUAUGAAGUACGGUGUUCACGUGAAACAAGUUACUAACAUUUUUAUUACAAAGACCUACCCUAACCAUUAUACUUUGGUAACUGGCCUCUUUGCUGAGAGUCAUGGGAUUGUUGCAAAUGACAUGUUUGACCCUAUUCUGAACAAAUCUUUCUCCUUGGAUCACAUGAAUAUUUAUGAUUCUGAGUUUUGGGAAGAAGCGACGCCAAUAUGGAUCACAAAUCAGAGGGCAGGACAUAGUAGUGGUGCAGCCAUGUGGCCUGGAGCAGAUGUAGAAGUACACAACAGCUUUCCUACUCACUACAUGCCUUACAAUGAGUCUGUUUCCUUUGAAGAUAGAGUUGCCAAAAUUAUUGAAUGGUUUACAUCAAAGGAGCCCAUAAAUCUCGGUCUUCUCUAUUGGGAAGACCCUGAUGACAUGGGCCACCAUUUAGGACCCGACAGUCCACUCAUGGGGCCUGUCAUUUCAGAUAUUGACAACAAGUUAGGAUAUCUCAUACAAAGGCUGAAAAAGGCAAAGUUGUGGAAUGAUCUGAAUCUAAUCAUCACAAGUGAUCAUGGAAUGACUCAGUGUUCUGAAGAAAGGGUGAUAGAACUUGACCAAUACCUGGACAAAGACCACUAUACCCUGAUUGACCAAUCUCCAGUGGCAGCCAUCUUGCCAAAAGAAGGUAAAUUUGAUGAAGUCUAUGAAGCACUAGCUCAUGCUCAUCCUAAUCUUACUGUUUACAAAAAAGAAGAGAUUCCAGAAAGAUGGCAUUACAAAUAUAACAGUCGAAUUCAACCAAUCAUAGCAGUGGCUGACAAGGGGUGGUAUAUUUUACAGAAUAAGUCAGAAGACUUUCUGUUAGGCAACCACGGUUACGAUAAUGCAUUAGCAGAAAUGCAUCCAAUAUUUUUAGCCCACGGUCCUGCCUUCAGAAAGAAUUUCACAAAAGAAGCCAUGAACUCCACAGAUCUGUACCCGCUGCUGUGCCACCUCCUCAACAUCACCACCAUGCCACACAAUGGAUCAUUCAGGAAUGUGCAGGAUCUGCUCAGUUCAGUAACUCCAAGCCAAACUCCUUAUACCCAGAGCACUACACUCCUCCUUGGGAGUGUCGGACCAGAAGAAUAUGAGCAAGAGGAGUCGUACCCUUAUUUCAUAGGGGUCGCUCUUGGCAGCAUUAUAGUGAUUGUGUUUUCUGUAAUUUUCAUUAAACAUUUAAUUCGCAGCCAAAUACCUGCCUUACAAGAUAUGCAGGCUGAAAUAUCUCAACCGUUAUUACAAGCCUAAUGCUACUUUGAAGUGAAAUUGCAUAUUGAAGUGGAGAUUGCAAAGUUCUGUCAGUGUUUAAAGGUUUCAAAUUCUAAGAAACCAGAUGCAGACAUUUGCAGAGACUGUCAAGCAGUUAUAUACAUAUAUAGGUACAGUCUCUGACACACACACCAAAAUACUCAGACCUGCAAGGAUUAAAGAUGUGAGAGUAUGUCUCCAUUGUUCUCUUUAGCUUGGGGAGAGAGAAGAUCCUGCUUUAUUUGGACUUGGCACAUAAUGUAUAUAUUUAACAACUUUGCACUAUUUAAAAUACUUUAUACAUUGCACUUUUAAUUGCUUUCCUAAUGAGAACUUUUAUUUGAAAUACACUUUAUGGACAAUUAUGUCUUACAAUUUGGUUGAAAACAACAACUUUUUGUGCCCAUGUCACAGAAUAGUACUUAUUCAUUGUUCAAACUGGAUGAAGUUUCUUGUAAUUCUUGAAUAAUGUAGAAAUCUAUUCCCUUAAAUCAGGACAACCAUUGAAAAUUAAGUGUGACAACCUUUGUACCUUUAAUUUUGGAGAGAUGUAUUCCCUACAGCAGGGUGCAUCUGCGGGCGUUUCUUGUCAUAUUUCUUUCCAAAAAAACAUGGGUUUUCAUUUGUUUUUUCCCCAAAAGAGAUCCAAAUGCUGACAGAUUCAUUCUGUCAUAAAAUUAACUAUUGCUAUUUUCUGAUUAGUCAUAUUACUCUGAUCUUUAUAUAAUGAAGUCACCAUGAAUAUACAUUUCUUUCCUGUGUAGUUCAGCAAUGGCCUGAAUAGAAGAGAUCAGGCACCAUCUCAGCAAUGUUUUCUCUUGUCCAUGAUUAAUUUGCUUCUUUGAAAUCAUUAUCAAUUAUUAAUCAUUAUCAAUAGCAUUAAAAAUCAAAUUAGAU